UAUGUAUUUAAACAGUUGUCUGGCUCAAAACUAAAGUCAUAACAACGAAACAAUUUAUUUUCAUUUCUACGAUAAAGAAAGAAUUGCUUCAUAACUUACAGCAAAUACAGGACACACAGCUGCGUCUUUGGAAAUAAAUAUGGAUCAAAGAAAUGAGAAAAGAGACAUCCAGUCAGUGUCCGAUUUCUUCAAAGGUAGAUCUGUCUUUCUGACAGGAGCAUCAGGUUUUCUGGGAACGGUUAUAUUGGAAACGCUUCUUAGAUGCUGUCCAGGAAUUGCAUCAGUUUACAUUCUUCUACGAUCCAAAAGAGGUCUGAUGCCAGCGCAAAGAAAGGAAAUGAUUUUUGAGAAAAAAGUUUUUGCCGUUUUGAAAGAAAGAAGUCCUGAAAUAUUCGAUAAAGUUCAUGUUGUAUCUGGAGAUAUAUCAAAACCUGAACUGGGAUUAAGUGAUGAAGACUUGCAGUGCAUCACAGAACAAGUUUCCGUUGUUUAUCAUUGCGCAGCGAACAUAAAUUUUGCGAAGCCUAUAAGGUACACAAUGCAGCAAAAUGUUACUAGUACCGAAACCAUAAUCGAUCUGUGUCGAAAGAUGAAGAGAUUUAUUGUCCUAGUAUAUACAUCGUCAUCUUACUCUAACAGCCACGUUGAUUUACCAAUAAAAGAAGAGGUUUAUAGACUUCCUUUUCAUGUACAGUCAUUCCUCAGUGCCUUGAAGGAGCAAGACGACAAUAAACUUCUGGAAUUGACUUCACGACAUAAAUCCGAUUGGCCCAAUUGGUAUUGUUUAAGCAAAUGUAUAUCUGAAAAUAUCCUUCAAUAUAUGGCGUCAGAUCUGUCAGUUGCCAUCAUUCGUCCAUCUAUUGUUGGAAGUACAUGGAAAAACCCGAAGCCAGGAUAUUUGGAUGAAAAUUCCGUGUUUGCCAUACUAAAUACGUUGGCUGGCGAAGGAUUUGCCAAAGUUUUGCUUGGUGAUGCAAAUAGGAAGUUAAAUGUUAUACCCGCCGACGUUGUGGCGAAUAUGCACAUUAUGGCUGCAUGGAGCAUUGGUACCAAAAAAGUAUCAUCUCCAUUAGUUGUAAACUGCACCUCUAUAGGUUCCCUUAACAAUAAAUGGAAAGAAAUCAAUAAAAGUUGGAAUCGAGUUUGUCAGAAUUUCCAUCCAACAAAAUGCUUUCCAAAACACAAAAGAAUUCCGGUCAUUAAAAAUAAAUUCUUGUUUUGGAUUGCCAGUAUCAAUGAACACUUACUUCCAGGAAUUAUUGCAGAUAUUAUUUUAAAAAUUAAUGGCGAGGAACCCAGUGUAUUUGCUACGUAUUACGCUAUUAACAAAUUUUUGUUCGCUAUUGGAAAUGCGCAGAUGAUGACGCCCCAAUGUGAGACAAUUAACAUGGAUUUCUUGAAUGAUUUGCUGCACGAUAAUGAUAGGAAGAGCGUUCCUCCAAUCAAUAUCCUCCACCGGCAUCUCUUCCAGAUCUUUCACAAUAUCUCCAGGGAGAAUGAAGCAAUAUCCCUCUAAAUACUAUUCAACUCUUGUAUGAAUCAAUUCUCGGGCGAAUCUAAGCUGUAUUACAUGUCAAAGGUAGUCUUACACCAUACUAAUAAAUGAUUCUUUAUAAAUCUAAGGUGUUUCUAUUAUUUUGAUAACCACCUGCACAUCCAAUACAAUUUGAAGGUUGCGUAAACGGAUGAUGCUCACUAUGAAGAAGGGCGUGUUUUGAUUCUUGCGAAUGACUGUUUGUACAUCCAAGAAACUUCUGAACAAUAUUGCAGAAAAAUUUAAGGCUUGCCUCUUGAAAGACGAGAAAUCUUGAAUCAUGCUUCAUCUAGUUAAUAAUCACUACAUCGCUCCAAUUUUUUAUCAUAGUUUUGAAUAUGUGUUUCCGUGAAAUUUCUGUUGAUUCAAAAGUAGGAAUCUACAUAGAAAAGUCGAAGAUUUCAAAUAAUUCUUAAAAUAAAUAGCGAAAUCUCGUAAUAAAAUAAUAAAUAAUUUUCUCGUAUACAAAUUUAGCGAACUUUUAUUUGAAAUAUUGGCGUAUUUCGAAGUUUCAGAUCUCCAUAAUUUCGAAAACACUCGUUGUUGUAUUAUGUCUAUCUGUGAAUAGGGUUUUUAUAAAAUUCUUUAACUGAUAAAAAGAGUUUUAGUAUAUAAAUUUAAAAUCCAAAUUAGCAAAUUUCUGUUAAAUUUUGAAUGAAAUCCAUUCAGAGAACACCUAUCCCGGUGGCUGUUCCAUUAAAAAUGAAUUCGAUAACUUCAGAACGUAAAGAGAUAUAUAGGUAAAAUUUGCACACAAAAUUAAUACGAACAAUGCAAAUUUUUAUAAAAAAUUGAACUAAAUCUAGCAAUGGGUUACACGUCUAUCGGUUUCUACUUUCAGAUGCUUAUAAAUACAAUAACUCAGAAACACAAAACUUUACAGUUUACAGUAGUUCACAGAAUUUUAAGCGAAAUAGAAACAAAAAGUUUUAAACGAAUAAAAAAUCAUGUCAGAAAAAAUGAAGUUUAAAGCCAACUAGAUGAAGUUAAAGCUAAAUGGUGUUGGAGGUAUUUAAAAGUCCGCUAGUAGAUCAUUAUAUAAAUUUCCGAUUAUAUGGGAGUAUGUGUAGCAGUUGGUGGAACUAAAUCAUGUAUCGAGAAAAUGAUCGCAAAUGAAGUACCGGUACGUGAUGAUACGUAGAAUGGUAGGACUAUUUUUUUAAGUUUAUUUGAAAAACAUUCGAAUAUUUUUUUAAGUAAUUUCACAGAUUUUCUCUUCUU